UGGGGCACCAGGCACUGAGUGGGGAGCACCUGUUGUUUCAGAUGCCGGUGACCUUCGAGGAGGUGGCUGUGUAUUUCACUGAGGGGCAGGGGGCUCUGCUGGACCCCGGUCAGAGAGCCCUCUACAGGGAUGUCAUGCAGGAGAAUUAUGAGACUGUUACCUCGCUGGGACUCCCCAUUCCCAAACCUGACCUAGUCGCCCGGCUGGAAGCAGGGGAAGAGCCGUGGGUCCCGGAUCUCCAAGCCUCCAAGGAAAGGAAGAUCCCAAGAGACACCCACACAGCAGGUGACAAGACACAGAGUGAGAAUGAGGAGGAGAAUCCACAGCAGGAAGGUCCUGAGCAAGUGGAAAUGCAGGGGACCAUUUUGAGAUCUGACAGUAAUUUUUCCCGAUGCUUGGAACAGAGAACAGUCUGGAGUAAUUGGCACAGAAGUGGCCUCCAGGAGCUUUGAGGAGGAGGCUGGAAAGAUGAAUCCCUCAGUCCAUGUGACCUGCAGCUGACUGUCUACUGCGAAUUCCCAGACUGCUGAGUGGAACUGGUGGAGGAGGGAUGCUCUCCAAUGACAAGGACAAAGCACCUGGGCUGGGGUAUAGUGAAACAAGCCAGAAGCCACGCGCACAAAUCGUCUCACUUCUACUGAGAGCUGUUUGUGUGUGUGCAGGCGCGUCCCAUCUCCUAGGGCUGUCCAUGACUUUGUGUGCCCAGCCCUAGAACGCAAUCUGGUAUUGGACACCUUUGCAGCCCAUUGUGCUAAUAAGUUAACAGAGAAGUUGCACAAGGUCAAAACGGGGACUAGAACUAGGGUCUGUAGUGUGGAAGCCCCAGGUAUUAGCUACUCAUCCCCACCAGCUUUAGUCUCAACGUGUCAAAUACUCUGUUCUUUGGCUCCUGUUGCUAACGGUUACACCACACCAGGGGGCCAUGGCCCCAUCACUUUUAUAAGUGGGAGGGUUAUGCCUGCCCUCGUCUUAGUGGCCAUAAGGGGCGGGACAGGGGGAGGGGCAGAGAGUGAGCCGGGGGUGGGGCCUUGUGGGGAAGGGGCAGGCAAGAC